AUGCCGGAGAAAUGUGUUCUCAUGGAACGCUGCGGUGCUAAACAUCCAGGUUGGCUUAAUGGUGGACACCCAAAUGUAACCGAAGGUGUGGUGACACGUAACGUCUGUUAUAGCGGGAACGAUAGCUGCUGUUGGCAGAGUAACAUCAUUAAAGUGAAGAACUGUAGUGGUUAUUACGUGUAUGAGUUACAGAGGAUACCUUAUAGCAGGUUUCGUUAUUGCGGCAAUGCUGAUGCUUCAUCUACCAACUUGCUAUUGCGAAGCACCGGUACCAAAUCAUCUGCAGUGGAUGGCUGUGCAAAUUACAAAGUUCUGAAUGAAACAGACCGCGCCCAAGGAAACGCAUUGUCACCGCAUUUAAGAAGCGAUAUCGACCUGACAACUGGUUGGUACCGUUUCCAAGGAGCUGCUGGUGAUCGCAUGCCGGACAAAUGUGUUGUAAGAUGGCGCUGCGGUACUAAACUUCCAGGUUGGCUUAAUGGUACGCACCCAACAGUCGACGCAGGUGUGGUGACACGUAAAGUCUGUUAUGCAGGUAACUGGAAAAGGAGCUGCUGUGGUUGGAGUAACAACAUUAAAGUGAAGAACUGUAGUGGAUAUUACGUGUACGAGUUAAAGAACCCGCCUAACAACAACUCUAGGUAUUGCGGUAACGCCGGUGCUGGACAACGCGUUACGUAA